GGUCAAGGAGGGGAGCGUGGUCACUGGGGGCGUGGUCAAGGGGCGGGAGUGAUGACGUCACGUUGUUUAUUUGUUUUGUCCCGAGCAAAAGAAUGUGAUGGGAAUUGGGAUUGGGAUUGGGAUUGGGAUUGGGAUUGGGAUUGGGAUUGGGAUUGGGAUUGGGACCGGGAUUGGGACCGGGAUUGGGAUUGGGACUGGAAUUUGUGUUGGGAAUUUGUGGGGGAUUCAGACUGAAGAGUUGGGAUUGGGAUUUGGGUUGAGAUUGGGAUUUGAAGUGGGGUUGGGAUUGAGAUAGGGACUGGGAUCAAGAGUGGGAUUGAGGCUGGGAUUUGGACUGGUAUUCAGGUUGAGAUUGGGAUUGAGAGUGGGAUUUGGAUUGAUGUGGGGAUGGGGAUCAGCAGUGGGAUUUGGGUUGAUAAUAUAACAAAUACAAUGAAACUGAGAGGCGGUGCUGCUGGAGGUGCUGCUCCUUCCUGCACCGCUCUUUGGCAGCUCCAAACUGCAGAGCAGCUCAGACUCAGUGCCGCAGUUCCCAAAGCUUUGCGCUGCUCAGAGCCCACGGCAGCCCCUGCCCCACUGCAGGUCACCCCACGGGCCGGGGGGAGGCGAGGGACCCAGCGCUGUCUGCUCAGGGGGGUCCCAGUUUGCUCAACCAGAGCCACACACAAAGCCUGGCGGGAGGUGCUGAGAGCUUCGUGACCCCUUUAAUCCGCAGGAUCGCUUCUCCCCAUUGCAGGGAGCAGCUGAAAGGUGAUGCUGCUGUGCGUCUGCGGUGUCUUUGAUGGCCCCGAUGUCACCACGGCCCUGCAGUAUUGAUGAGGCUCAGAGAGGUGAAGUCCAGCCCCAGUGCCUCUGUGUCCCUGCAGUAUUCAUAAAGCCCGAUGAGGUGACAGCAGGCCACAACGUCACCGUAUCCCUGCAUUAUUCAUGAGGCCAAUUGACUGGGGAGAGCCACAGACAGCAGGACACAGGGCCAGGCAGUCCGUCUGUCUCUCCAUCUGGAGAGAGGAUGCGGCUGGGGCUGCACGCCUGAGUGCCGCCCGCAUGGCCAUCGACGUGGAUCAGGGCUUCGCCAUCGCCUUCGUGGUGCUCACGUGCCUCUUCCUGCUGGCCGUGAUGGUUCGCUGCGCCAAGCUCAUCAUCGACCCCUACAGCGCCAUCCCCACCUCCACCUGGGAGGAGGAGCAGAUCAACUGAGCCUCCCCGGACC